GGGGGAGUCACUUUAAAGGCUCUUUCUUACCCAUAAUGCUUUGUGGGGACGUUGACAAGUGGAUCCAAGAUGGCGUAGAAAGUAAUGACAGGGCUCGGACACACACAGUCCUAACUAGGAACUGUGAUUUCUCUCCCCCAAAACGAGUUGAGUCUUCCGCGCCCUGGGCCUUGCUGAGGGGUCGUCUCAGACAGGGCUGGAAGCCAGAGUCUUCAGAUUCCUUUUGGGUUGGGAACCUUGAAUUGGAUGAAGUAAUUGAUCACUAAUGAACUACAGAGCCGGUGAGAUGUGCAAGAAAUUAUAAAGAGCUCUGAUGGGCUAUAUGGGUGAUACCCAGUGCAGUGAACUGCAGGAUUUUUGUCCCUGAGUCAUGGAAGACAGAAGAGCUGAAAGGUCAUGUGAACAAGCGUGUGCGUCACUGCAGAGGCAGGACUAUGACAUGGCCCUCCAGCACUGCACAGACGCCCUGCUCUCUCUUGGCCAGUACUCCAUGGCAGACUUCACAGGGCCGUGCCCAGUGGAGAUUGAGCGCAUCAAAAUCGAGAGUCUUCUUUACAGAAUUGCUUCAUUCUUGCAAUUGAAAAACUACGGGCAAGCUGAUGAAGAUUGUAGGCAUGUGCUGGGGGAAGGACUGGCCGAAGGAGAGAGUGCCUUCCGGGCAGUGCUGUGCUGCAUGCAGCUGAAAGGGAAGCUCCAGCUUGUGUCCUCCAUCCUUGCCAAGUCACUGUCAGGGGAGUCUCUGAAUGGGAUGGUAACGAAAGAUUUGACAAGACUGAAAACACUUCUCACAGAAACAGAGACAGCAACGAGUAAUGUCCUGUCUGGAUGUCACGUGGAAGACUUAGAUGAAGGGUCUUGUAAUGGUUGGCAUUUCCGCCCACCUCCCAGGGGGAUCACCAGCAGUGAAGAGUACACCUUGUGUAAACGGUUUUUAGAGCAAGGAAUCUGUAGGUACGGUGCCCAGUGUACUUCAGCACAUUCCCAGGAAGAACUAGCAGAAUGGCAGAAAAGAUACGCCUCACGACUGAUAAAACUCAAGCAGCAAAGUGAGAACAAACAGCUCUCAGGCAGCUACAUGGAGACCUUGAUAGAGAAGUGGAUGAGCUCACUGUCUCCUGAGAAGGUGCUUAGCGAAUGCAUAGAGGGAGUUCAGGUGGAGCACAGCCCUGACCUGUCGGUCACCGUCAACACCAAAAAAUCCCACCAGACAUGGACCUUUGCUCUGACCUGUAAGCCUGCAAGAAUGCUGUGUCGGGUAGCACUGCUUUAUGACGCUCAUCGUCCUCAUUUUAGUAUCAUUGCCAUAUCUGCUGGAGACAGCACCACCCAGGUUUCACAAGAAGUCCCCGAGAACUGUCAAGAAUGGAUAGGAGGAAAGAUGGCCCAAAAUGGAUUAGAUCAUUACGUGUAUAAAGUCGGGAUAGCGUUUAACACAGAAAUAUUUGGAACUUUUCGCCAAACCAUAGUUUUCGACUUUGGAUUGGAGCCAGUACUCAUGCAAAGAGUAAUGAUUGAUGCAGCUUCUACAGAAGAUCUUGAAUACCUGAUGCAUGCCAAGCAGCAGCUGGUAACCACAGCAAAGCGCUGGGAUUCUUCUUCUAAGACUAUUGUAGAUUUUGAACCUAAUGAAACUACUGAUUUGGAGAAGAGCCUUUUGAUCAGAUACCAAAUUCCUCUUUCUGCUGACCAGCUGUUUACACAGUCCGUUUUAGACAAAUCAUUGACCAAGACUAACUAUCAGUCACGGCUGCACGACCUGCUUUACAUUGAGGAGAUAGCCCAGUAUAAAGAAGUCAGCAGGUUCAACCUUAAAGUGCAAUUGCAGAUUUUAGCAAGCUUCAUGCUCACUGGAGUUUCUGGGGGUGCAAAGUAUGCUCAGAAUGGACAACUUUUUGGUCGUUUUAAGCUUACUGAAACCCUGUCUGAAGACACGUUGGCUGGACGGCUGGUGAUGACCAGGGUCAAUGCUGUUUAUUUAUUACCAGUCCCUAAAGAGAAGCUUGUCCAGUCCCAGGGAACCAAAGAGAAGGUUUAUGAAGCUACUAUUGAAGAAAAAACAAAAGACUAUGUAUUUUUAAGGAUAUCCAGGGAAUGCUGUGAAGAACUUAGUCUGCAGCCUGACUGUGACACCCAGGUUGAGCUUCAGUUUCAGUUGAACCGAUUACCCCUCUGUGAAAUGCAUUAUGCACUAGACAGGAUUAAGGACAAUGCUGUUUUGUUUCCAGACAUCAGUAUGACUCCUACGAUACCUUGGAGUCCCAACAGACAGUGGGAUGAGCAGUUGGAUCCUCGACUAAAUGCAAAACAGAAAGAGGCUGUUCUGGCCAUCACCACUCCGCUUUCCAUCCAGCUGCCUCCCGUCCUCAUCAUCGGACCCUACGGGACAGGCAAAACCUUCACUCUGGCUCAGGCCGCCAAGCACAUACUGCAGCAGCAGGAGACCAGCAGGAUUCUCAUUUGCACCCAUUCUAAUAGUGCUGCUGACCUCUACAUAAAGGAUUAUUUACAUCCAUAUGUAGAAGCAGGCAAUCCCCAGGCAAGACCUCUCAGGGUGUAUUUCCGAAAUCGCUGGGUGAAGACUGUCCACCCAGUGGUGCAUCAGUACUGUUUGACCUCAAGCACACACUCCACCUUUCAGAUGCCCCAGAAGGAAGACAUCCUCAAACAUCGAGUGGUGGUGGCCACACUGAACACUUCCCAGUACCUCUGCCAGCUGGACCUUGAGCCUGGGUUCUUCACGCACGUCCUCUUAGAUGAAGCUGCCCAGGCCAUGGAGUGUGAGACCAUUAUGCCUCUAGCCUUAGCCACUAAAAACACACGCAUUGUUUUGGCUGGUGAUCAUAUGCAGCUCAGUCCUUUUGUUUACAGCGAGUUUGCCAGGGAGAGAAACCUUCAUGUUUCAUUACUUGAUCGACUCUAUGAGCAUUACCCUGCUGAGUUUCCAUGCAGGAUCCUCCUCUGUGAGAACUAUCGCUCCCAUGAAGCUAUCAUCAACUACACCUCUGAGCUUUUCUAUGAGGGUAAGCUGAUGGCCAGUGGGAAGCAGCCGGCGCACAAGGACUUCUAUCCACUCACGUUCUUUACAGCGCGGGGAGAGGACGUCCAAGAGAAGAACAGCACGGCCUUCUACAACAAUGCAGAGGUAUUUGAAGUGGUGGAGCGUGUAGAAGAGCUAAGACGGAAGUGGCCAGUGGCAUGGGGGAAGUUAGAUGACGGCAGCAUCGGUGUGGUGACGCCAUACGCUGACCAGGUGUUUAGAAUACGAGCUGAGCUUCGCAAGAAGAGGCUCUCAGACGUGAAUGUGGAAAGGGUGCUCAAUGUCCAAGGAAAGCAAUUCAGAGUUCUGUUUCUUAGCACAGUGCGUACACGCCACACUUGCAAGCACAAGCAGACGCCAAUUAAAAAGAAAGAACAACUUCUGGAAGACUCCACUGAGGACUUAGAUUACGGUUUUCUAUCCAACUACAAACUUCUCAAUACAGCCAUCACCAGAGCACAGUCCUUGGUUGCUGUCGUGGGCGAUCCCGUUGCUCUGUGCUCUAUUGGAAGGUGUAGAAAGUUUUGGGAGCGGUUUAUUGCCCUGUGUCAUGAAAACCAUAGCUUGCACGGGAUCACCUUCGAACAGAUCAAGGCACAGUUAGAGGCUUUAGAACUCAAGAAGACUUACGUGUUGAAUCCACUGGCUCCUGAGUUUAUCCCCCGGGCUUUGCGACUGCAGCACUCAGGAAACAGCAGCAGACAGCAGCAGUCCCCCCCCAAGGUGAAAAGCCUCCAUCAUCCCCAGAAUGAUCAUUUCCAGAAUGAUGGAAUUGUUCAGCCCAAUCCUUCCGUACUUAUUGGCAAUCCUAUUAGAGCAUAUACUCCUCCGCCCCCUCUUGGACCGCACCCAAACUUGGGGAAAUCUCCAAGCCCCGUUCAAAGAAUAGAUCCUCACACUGGGACUAGUAUUCUUUACGUACCUGCUGUCUAUGGAGGGAAUGUAGUUAUGUCGGUGCCUUUACCUGUGCCAUGGACAGGGUACCAGGGUAGGUUUGCAGUUGAUCCUCGGAUCAUUACACACCAGGCAGCGAUGGCCUACAAUAUGAACCUGUUACACACACAUGGACGAGGGUCACCGAUCCCUUAUGGUCUUGGACAUCACCCACCCGUCAGCCUAGGCCAGCCACAGAAUCAGCACACAGAGAAGGAUCAACAGGACCAAAAUCGAAAUGGUAAAACUGAUACAAAUAACCCUGGGCCUGAAAUUAAUAAGAUCCGAACACCAGAGAAAAACCCUACAGAACCCAAACAGGUUGAUUUGGAAUCAAAUCCACAGAACAGAAGUCCCGAGUCCCGUCCUGGUGUUGUUUACUCUAACACUAAAUUUCCUCGAAAAGAUAAUCUCAACCCAAGACACAUAAAUCUUCCUCUUCCCGCCCCACACACACAAUAUGCAAUCCCAAGCCGCCAUUUUCAUCCACUUCCUCAGCUACCCAGGCCGCCAUUUCCCAUUUCCCAGCCACACACCUUGUUAAAUCAGCAGCAGAAUAGUUUGCCUGAACAACCAAAUCAGAUGGCACCCCAUCCAAAUCAGAUGGCACCCCAUCCAAAUCAGAUGGCACCUCAGCCAAAUCAGAUGACACCCCAGCCAAAUCAGGUGACACCCCAGCCAAAUCAGGUGGUCCAACAGCAGAGCCAGGCACCUCCACAGGCCCCACAGCCAGCACCUCAACUCUCCCCUGCAUUUCAGGCAGGGCCCACCAAUGCGUUUUUCAAUAAUACAGUUGCUCACCGACCACAGUCUCCUGCUGCAGAGGCUGUGGGUCCUGAGCAACAGCCGCCUCCUGGGCUUCCCGACGGCCACAGUCCACUGAGAGCCAUCACACAGCCUGGCCCCAUCCUGGCAUCACCUUUGAACAACUUUGUUGAUGAGAGCUCUCCAGGAUUGCCAAUAGAAGAAGCUUUGGAUCGAGUGCAUGGAAGUGUAGCUCUGGAGACGCUGAGGCAGCAGCAGGCGCGGCUACAGCAGUGGAGUGAGCACCAUGCCUAUCUGAGCCAGAGCGGCAUCCCGUAUUCACACCAUCACCAUCCUCACCUCCCACAUCUUCCCCAGACACCCGUUGGCCUCCACCAGCCACCAGUGAGGGCAGAGUGGAAAGUCGCUGGCAGGGCUGACGACGAAACAGAGACAACAUUCUCAAGGUUUCAAGACUUACUCAGAGAGCUGUCCCAUCGGGAUCAAGGUGACACUGGAGAGCUAGCUGAAAUGCCGCCGCCUCAGUCAAGACUUCUGCAGUACAGACAAGUUCAGCCUAGAAGCCCACCAGCAGUCCCGUCUCCCCCUUCCUCUACAGACCACGGUAGCCACUUUGCUAACUUUAAUGACAACAGCAGAGACAUGGAAGUAGCCAACAGCCCAGCAUUCCCACAGCGCCUCCCACCUCAGCUCUUCGGCUCCCCUUUCUCGUUGCCAUCUGAACACCUUGCCCCUCCUCCUCUGAAAUACCUGGCUCCGGAAGGAGCAUGGAAUUUUGCUAACUUGCAGCAGAAUCAUUUAAUAGGGCCGGGCUUUCCCUAUGGCCUACCUCCAUUGCCUCCCAGGCCACCACAGAACCCUUUUAUACACAUCCAGAACCAUCAGCACGCUGUCGGUCAAGAGCCAUUUCACCCACUGUCAUCUCGCACAGUGUCUGCUUCUUCGCUCCCCAGCCUAGAAGAGUAUGAGCCCAGAGGACCUGGUCGGCCCUUGUACCAAAGAAGAAUCUCACCUAGCUCAGCCCAGCCUUGUGUGGAAGAGGCACGCACUCCCCAAGACAGCCUGGCUCAGGGCAAAGAACUGCAGGAGCACAGCAGCCCACCUGCGCUCAGCUUCCCAGCCCCCGAGGCCUGGGCCAACACCGCCUCCUCUGCCCCCUGCCAGAACAUUCCGUGCAAUGGAUCCAGCAGGACAAGUCAGCCCAGAGAGUUGAUAGCUCCACCCAAGACUGUCAAACCCCCUGAGGAACAGCCGAAGCCUGACAGCGGGGAGGUAUCCAGUUCCUUCAACUACUCGGUGCUGCAGCACCUCGGCCAGUUCCCACCCCUCAUGCCCAACAAGCAGAUCGCAGAGUCUGCUCACAACCACAGCCAGCAGAGCCCGGCAGGGAGCAAGCCCGCCAUGUCCUACGCUAGUGCCCUGCGGGCCCCACCUAAGCCCAGGCCACCGCCUGAGCAGGCCAAGAAGGGCAGUGACCCGCUGUCCCUGUUCCAGGAGCUCAGCCUGGGCAGCAGCCCAGGCAGCAAUGGUUUCUACUCCUACUUCAAGUGACCCCGCUCUCGCUCUCCUCAGAGAAUGUGCAGUUCCUGUUCAAUGUGCAGGAUUGAGGUGGCGGCUCUGUGUACGUGCAGCCCUCCAUUACAUUCACUGCGCUCUCAGUCCCCUUGCUGCUAGACCUGCGCCCGCCUAUGUUUAAAAGUAUAUUCCAUUAUUUUGCAUUUUUGAUGUGAGUCAGAAUUUUGACAGCUUUUAUGUAGAAUAAAAAUAUUUUUAAAUUUGUGUACUGUUACAUAUAUUUGCAUCAAGCUAGCAGCUAAGAGGUUAACUGUGCAACUAUAAAAAAAGAAAAAGAAAAAGGAAAAAAAAAGUUUGUCUAAAAUGUAUUUAAAAAGAAAAAAAUUGUUAAGUAGCAUUUACAUUUAUUCAAUAAUAUUACCACAUGCUGGGUUUCUGUACCAGAAAUGGCCAGUUGAUGUACAAAUGUAUGUUAUUUUUGCUUAAAUUCAGUUAAAAAAUUUUUUUAAAAAAAGGGGCAGCAUCUUCUAAAUCCCUUACCCUUUUUUUUUUUUUUUUUUUUUUUUUUUUUUUUUUUUUUUUUUUUUGAUGACAGGAUGCUGCAUUCUAAAACUUUCAGAGUUUUAGACUCUCUGUGACAUGCUGUCCUCUCCAUCAGCAUGGGGCAGGGGUUAAGGCCUUCCGGCCCCAGUAUUCUGCCUGCCACUGGGUUUUGAAAUGUGAAAAAGAAAAAAGGAAAAAACAAAACAAAAAAAAACAAAACAAAAGCAAAGCAAACCCCAGUGGCAUAGCCAGUUUUAUUUGUUUUGUUUUUGACAAGCAAGACUUCCAGCUUGUUUUUAACAUUCAGUUGAGAGUGGUUUUUUUUUUAAACAAAUCAUGAAGCUGAGGCAUUUUUAGGAUUGUUGGUGCUUAGUAGACUUGAUAACUAUUUUAAAACUGCGUGAAUUUAGUGAAAAAUCUUUUUUCUCACUCUGCAUGUAUAAAUGUUUGUAACCCGGCCCCUCCUCCAGGACAGAAAGACCUCUGCCGACCAAAGGCUUGGCUUUCUUUUCCUCCAGUAAAAAAUGCUGGUACCUUAUUUGAUGUUUACAUUAAGAUAUGACAUUACACAUGGCAAGUCUAAGAUCUUUCCAGUUGUUUGUUUGAGGGAUAUCAUUAAAGAAAAGACAUUGUCAAAAAAUUGAUGAAAAUCUAGGGUUAUGUUUCAGAUCCUCUGAAUCUUCUGAAAUUCCCCUUGAACUCAUUAGAAAUAUGGAAUUUACGCAACUGUCUGCAGAGGUCCGCAGUCUGCCAGUUGUUUUGAAUGAACAUUGAAUGUCCUUCGUCAUUUCCUGAUCCUUUAGCUCUAAUUUUAUAUUUCUGAGAAAUCUUGAGACUACAAUAUAUCUUUUUUUUUUUCUUUUUAAAUUAAGAUGAGGCCAGGGGAUAUUUCAAAAGAGGCCGACUUCCUGACGAUCACCCAAGCAUAGUUUUCUGGAAGACUUUUGAUAGAACAUUCUCAGAUGGGUUGGAAGUGACUUGGGGCCGGCAGAGUUAGUCUGUGGCUGCCAGCCACAGCCCCUGUAACCCCCACACAGGGUGGGAUUAAAGGCUGCGUUGGUUAAGGGGUAGCAAAGUCCAGGGACCGCCGAUGAUGCAGCUUCUCAGACUCAGCUUUGCCUUUGUGCUUGGGGCCGAGCCACUGGAACCUGGCUUCCUGUCUCGGGCUACAUGCCUCUUUUGAGCUGCCAGAGGUGGACCCAUAGACCAAAGUGGUGUUCACGGAUAGUAUAGAUCACAGUAGGCACAGGGUUCCAGUGAGCCAGGGCGCCACACUCCGCGUGACAUGACAUCAUCACAUGCUGACGUUGUUUCGGGCAGAAUGAGACAACGUUUGCCACAGGCCUCUGUUUUCUAACUCUGUGCCUAAGUGAGAAGUAGGAUUCACCCAUGUUAGGGUUGUCUGUGUCCCAUUGGUGAUUGCUCCCACACCCACACAUGUAGACAUAGAGGACCGCAGUACAUGCCAGGCAAGAGUUCAGAGCCAUUCUGCUAAUUCAGACAGAAUUAUACUGUCAGCUUUCGGUCACCACACCAGGAGAUCAUUACUUACUUUUCUGUUUUUCAUACUUGAACCUUUAAAAAAAAUAGCAUUUUUUAAAAAAAAGUUAUUUAUAUUUAGUUAAAGUCACGUGUGCACCCUAUCAUCUUACAUAAGACAUCGAUGGUGGGACCCUCGGGAUGGGGAACCCAUCAGGUUGCAGUGACGUUCUCAACGUGGUUAGGUCUAAAAAAUGACACUAGCUACUUACUACUUGACUGCUCUGUGGCGCGUGCUGGUGCGCUCCCAUCUCUUCCUUACUUCUGCAGCUAGUUGAGGGUUUCCUUCUGUGGCUUCACGUUCUGGUUAGAGUACUUAUUUUAGCCCAGCUCCCUCCUUCCCAGUGUUACUCCUGUCUUCCUGUCCAGGUUCUAAGGAGCCUGUUACCUUUGCCCACCAUCUUGUAAUUAACGGUCAACAGCAGACCUUACCGGAAGAGCCAUUGCGAGCUCUCGCUUGGGGCUCUUUGUAGUUACACCGGUAGCAUUAGCAGGGUUAGUCAGCCUCACGAAAAUAACUUACUUCUUUCAUUAGAUCCAACUUUAGAGUCCAGAUGGAAGAUAUGUACAUACGUGUGUGUGUGUGUGUGUGUGUGUGUGUGUGUGUUUGUUUACAUACAUAAGCACACAUUUAUUAUUUUUUUAAAGAAAACUUGAUAGGUCUGUUCUGCUCUUUUUUUUUCCUGAGGUUAUUUUAUGAUUUAUUCUCAUUUUUCCUUCUUUUUCUGUCCUUGCCAGUACUGGGUUAGCCACUGCAGUACAACUUGAGGUGUUUUUUUCCUCCCUCUCUCUCCCUCUUUCCCUCAUCUUUCCCUUCCAGUCCUUUUAGGUGAUAAAUCAGAAUAUUCACACUUACGUUUGUUCUCCUUCCCCUCCAUCUCUUGAUCUAAAAAUAAGUUCCUGAUGGGAUUUGACAAACCUCAUUCACUGUGUCGUGGGUAUUUUCUGGUGUGUUCUGCAAAGAAGUCUGUUCUGGCCCUGCCAUUACUAGUCACAAUAUCAUGUCCUUGACUAGUCAGCAGUUAGUUAUUGAUCAUGGAGACUAAGGCUCUCCGUCUUCCUGUCUUCACACAGACGCACUUGUCUGUCUGGAUCAUCUUGUGUGAGGAGAACAAAAUUGUCCGCUGUGGGUUAUUUUCCUUUCGUCUUGUGCUAAUCAAGAUUCUAGGAUGAGUUCAGGUUUGAUCUAAGCAUCGACUGGUCCUUUCUGUCUAGAAAGCUUGAGGGUAAGAAAAAUAAGUGGAAGUCUCAUGGAAUAAGCAUUGCCCAAUUAAACAUGGCAGCCUCUAGAGCCUAUUUAUUGACGAGGUUGUCUUCUUUCUGAAGGCAUCGAAGUCCUGAGGAAACUGUGUCUUUUUAACCUUGAGCUCGUUUGUUGUGUUAUGUUGCCGUAGUGUAGUGGAUGGUUCUAAGUUUGGUGUGUUUCAUUUUGAGAGCAAAGCUGAAAACAUAAAAGAAUGUAUCUCUAGCCAUCGUGACUUGAGUCAGGGCGUUGAGAACAAUUUUAGGCUAAAUCUGAGCAUUCCCACAAUUGUCAUGGGAAAAGUUAGAUUUCCUGAACUAGUUGAUUUUUUUUUUUAAAGGAGAUGCCCAUGAGCGAAAGAAUCAUUGCAUAGUGGAGAGUUUUAUUAAUAGAAAAAUUCUAUAAAAACAUAAGAUUAAAACUUCCCAUAUAGUAAAACAUAUGCAUUACUGCUUUAAAAUAUUAUUUAGGCUGUCCAUCCUUCCCCACCCACCUCUCCACUUCCUCACAGUUAGAGACUUGCCUUUUCUUAGUAAGUAGAUACUGUGUUUUCUUGCCUUUCCAGUAACAUUUGAAAGCUCUGCCCCUAAUCGCCCUGUGUGUCUGCUUGCACAUGGGCACAGAUGUCUUGGUAGCUCUGACUUGUCACCUGAUCAGUAUUCAGACUGCCCAGAAGUUAGAGAAAAGGCGAAUGAUGCUCCAGCUUGUCCCCCUUGUUCAGAGCAUCACUUGGUGUGUCCCUCACAUCCUGGUACCCAGAGUCCACAUCAUAGGGAUCUUCAGGGUAUCCUCUGCAUCAGCCCGUCACAUUUCCCUCUGUGACUUGACAGAGGCUGCUAAGUCCACACUUGCCAGUUUUAGUCCUUGUUUAACUUAGCAAAGGAAGGAGGGGAUUUUUACUAAAAUUUAGUAUCCUAAUAAAACAUCAGAAAGUGGCAUUGUAUCAAAAACUCUAAGCUAGAAUAUCAGGUUAAACAAUUUUUUAUGUUUAAAGUUUUAGUGUAACAUUCAGAUAUUUCGAACCUACUGAAAAUACCUACUUUAGAGUACUCUAACGAAACCCUCAUUGUUUAAAAAAAGAAAAACUUUAUGUAAGGGAGGUACAUAAUAGAAGACUCUAGACUUAGAUUUGUGAGCUGUGGUUAUAAUCCAGCUCAUUUGUCCAGUGGUAAGCCUGAAGCUUCUGACAUGAGUUUCAAGAGAGCCCACGAGUCUCAUAGUUUCAGUCAUCAGAGUAGGAGACCAGACUUUACUUGCAAUUUGUUCAGAGAGAUUUUAUUUUGAUACAAAUAUUAAACAUAAAGCAUAGUAAGUUUUAUAUAAUUCUAUGAGUUCAUUAAACAAUAUUAUGAGAUUUUCAGUAUGUUUUUUUGGGGGGGUCUUUUUGGCUAUUUCUACCUCAUAUGAGGUCUCUUCUGUACUUUAUUUAGUAUACUAGCAUGUGGUUGCCUGCCUUAGAAUGAUGUAUGGGAGGGGAAAUCAAUAUUACCGUUUAAGAAAAUUUUGAUUUUUAUGGAAUAAUUGUUUUAAUAUUUUAAUGUUUGAAACUGAAGGGGGUAAGAGUGGCAAAUUACAUAACAGUGGUAACUAUUUACAAACCUAUCAUAUUUUAAGAUUCUAGAAUUGUGAACAAGAUCAAGAAAAAUAAAGGAAAAAAAGUGAUUA